AUGCCUUUUUUAGGUUCAACUUUCCCCAAAACGGGACAGACCGUUACAUGCCAUUACGUGCUUACCCUUCAAAACGGGAAAAAGGUUGACAGCUCACGGGAUCGCGGAUCACCAUUUAAGUUUAAGAUCGGCAAAGGUGAAGUAAUCAAGGGUUGGGAUCAAGGUGUUGCUCAGAUGUCUGUAGGGCAACGUGCCAAACUGACUAUCUCUCCUGACCUCGGUUACGGUGCUGGAGGUGUUCCUGGAGCUAUUCCUCCUAACUCGACGUUGAUCUUCGAUGUUGAAUUGCUUAGCACAGCAUAA